CGCUCAUCAGAUACUGGCUGUCAGGCUGUGUGUGUGUGUGUGUGUCAGAGAGAGAGAGAGAGAGAGAGAGAGAGAGAGGGAGAGAGAGAGGGAGGAGAGCGAGUGAGAGUGAGAGAGCGCGAGAGAGAAAGCGAGUGACAAUCGGAAGGGGUUACCGCGUUGUGAGCGAACAAGGAUCCCUCUGAGCUCUGCUGUACACCCAACGCCGCCGCCGCCGCUGCUGCUGCUCAAGACAGGGGAGCGCGGAGAGCCGCAGGACAAGCUAAAGGUUGACAGAAGCCACAGUCCGGGGCAGCCAUGGCCACUACCUGUACCCGAUUCACGGACGAGUACCAGCUAUACGAAGAGCUCGGAAAGGGAGCCUUCUCAGUGGUGCGCCGCUGUGUCAAGCUAUGUACAGGCCAGGAAUACGCAGCGAAAAUUAUCAACACCAAGAAACUUUCUGCAAGAGAUCACCAGAAACUGGAGCGUGAGGCCCGAAUCUGCCGUCUCCUGAAGCACUCCAACAUUGUGCGACUUCAUGACAGUAUUUCAGAGGAAGGAUUCCAUUACCUUGUCUUUGACUUGGUGACUGGAGGAGAACUGUUUGAGGACAUCGUGGCCAGAGAGUACUACAGUGAAGCGGACGCCAGUCACUGUAUCCAUCAGAUAUUAGACAGUGUAAAUCACAUCCACCAACAUGACAUUGUGCACAGGGACCUCAAGCCAGAGAACUUGCUUCUGGCAAGCAAGUGUAAAAAUGCAGCGGUCAAGCUUGCUGAUUUCGGGUUAGCCAUUGAGGUCCAAGGAGACCAGCAGGCUUGGUUUGGAUUUGCUGGCACGCCAGGCUAUCUGUCACCAGAGGUGCUGCGGAAGGAGGCCUAUGGAAAACCUGUAGAUAUCUGGGCAUGCGGUGUAAUUCUCUAUAUCUUGUUGGUGGGCUACCCUCCUUUUUGGGAUGAAGACCAACAUAAGCUGUACCAGCAGAUCAAAGCUGGAGCCUAUGAUUUUCCUUCUCCAGAGUGGGACACGGUGACCCCAGAGGCGAAGAAUCUUAUUAAUCAGAUGUUGACUAUAAAUCCAGCCAAGAGAAUCACUGCACAGGAGGCACUGAAACACCCAUGGGUCUGCCAACGAUCUACCGUGGCGUCUAUGAUGCACAGACAAGAGACCGUGGAGUGCUUGAAGAAGUUCAAUGCCAGGAGGAAACUCAAGGGUGCCAUUCUCACUACCAUGUUGGCGACAAGGAAUUUCUCUGUGGGCAGGCAGACUACAGCACCGGCCACCGUUACCGGCUCAGCGGCCGCCGCAGCCAGUGCCACCGCAGGGCUGGUGGAACAAGCAGCGAAGAGUUUAUUGAACAAAAAGGCAGAUGUGAAGCCGCAGACAAACAGCACCAAAAACAGCAUAGUCACAAGUCCUAAAGGAAACAUUCCCUCACCUGCUCUGGAACCUCAAACUACUGUCAUUCAUAACCCUGCGGAUGGGAUUAAGGAGUCCUCGGACAGCAGCAACACUACAAUCGAGGAUGAGGAUGUCAAAGCCACGAGCACUGAGACCAGUGCUGUUAAGAGUCAGUCCAGUAUGGGCUCUCAGCCUGAGGCCGUGGAAGCCCCUCAGUGCCCACUUCCUGUGUUCUCCACCAAGCUAACAGACAUCCUGAGUUGUGUCCGGCGGGUAUCAGGGCCCUUGACCGAUCAGGAUGGCAGCUCCAGCACCCCCUCGACACAACCCCUGCACCUUUCCCCCCCUCCGACCCCCAACACUUCUGCACAGUCGUCCAGACUGACAGAUAUUGUGAGCAGUUUGCGUGGAGGGUCCAGUCCCCAAACCCAGGUUGAAUCUGAUGGGGGGUCCCAACGCCCCCAAGGCCCUCAGCCGUUCUCAUCUCACCCCCUGCCUAAUCCCAGCUGCCCCUCCAUCUCUUCUACUCAGCCUCGCAAGCAGGAAAUCAUCAAGAUAACUGAACAGCUGAUUGAAGCAGUGAACAACGGGGAUUUUGAGGCCUACGCGAAGAUCUGUGAUCCUGGGCUGACUUCUUUUGAACCUGAAGCUCUUGGCAAUCUGGUGGAAGGCAUGGAUUUUCAUAGAUUCUAUUUCGAGAACCUCCUCUCUAAGAACAGCAAGCCAAUCCACACAACGAUCCUGAAUCCACAUGUGCACCUGAUUGGUGAGGAUGCCGCUUGCAUUGCAUAUAUCCGACUGACACAAUUUGUAGACGGCCAGGGCCGGCCGCGCAGCAGCCAGUCUGAAGAGACCCGCGUGUGGCAUCGCCGUGACGGGAAGUGGCAGAACGUUCAUUUCCACUGCUCAGGAGCUCCAGCAGCACCACUACAAUGAAGGGAGCGCCUUUGCACUUGAUCCCGCCUGGGGUUCGAGAGAGAGAGAGAGCAAGCGAGAGGAGGCGUGAGUGUGGUGGCCUCGCUGAUGGUGGCUCGUGCUGUGCACAUGUUUUAAUAUCUCCGGUGGCUGCAUCUCCAGUGACACCAACAAUUUAAAAAAGAAAUUAAAAAAAAAAAAAGAAAACAAAACAACAGUAUUAUUCUAAUCACACAUUUGUUUGUGUAAUGAUUCUAUCAAAUCAUCUAUGAUGUGUCUCAUCAAGCUGUCUCUAGAUGCACAAACUCUCAGAAAAGCGGUAUGUAAAGAUAUUAUUAGAAUAAUAUGGCAACUGCAUAUGUAAUUUGUACAAUUCAUAUUCUUGAUGGCAGUGAUUUGUAGAAAUGAGAAUCUUGAUUUUUCCUUCUCUUUUUUUGUUUUUUUUUUGUUUUGUUUUUUUUUUUUCGCCAAAGCAUGACUGUUUAAUUCUAUAAGUGAUUGUUGUAGUGCUUGGGUAACCCUUUUAAGCAUAUUUUGCAAUUUUGUAUGCUGAAAUGUGUCAUCAUCAAUCUGAAUUGGUUUCCAUUUGUUUCACUUUGGAGAAGGCGGGUUGGUUCAGGUUGGGGUGGCGAGGAGAGUGGUGUUGCUACAGGACCUGGAUGGGAAUUUUUUUGUUGUUGUUGUUGUUUUUUUUUUUUUUGGUCAUACUCGGAGGUUUUAUUUAAGAAUGGCUUGUAAGACUCAAAGGUCAAAGGUGCAAAGAGCAGGCUGGCAACUAGCAUCAUUGAGGAGGAGGAAACAAGGGUAACCGGGUCCACCUGAGGGAGACCCUGAUGCAUACCAACUGAGUGCAAUUCUUUUUUACAAGAAAGGAAAAAGAUUUGCUCGCAUCACUUUCCAUCAGGCAGCCUUUCUGAAAGUUGAUUUUUUGUUUUUGUGAGGGGGUGCAGGUAUGAUUGUGUGCAUUAUUCUUUUUUCUUCUGUUGAGUGAAAAGCUGGCCCGUUUUUCUGAGUUUUAUUUAUGCCAUUUGCUUUGUUUCAGAAAUGGCCAAUGUUCAGAAUUUCAGGGGUUUCAGAUUCAGUCUUUUUUAAUAAAAGAAUGGAAGUCUGGGUUAAGCCUGGUGGCCUCCCAGGACUGACGCACGGCCCACUCAGCUGGCACUGAAGUCAGGCCUGCUGGCCAUCAGCUGCUCUUUACGUUUACAGGAAGCACAGCAUAUCCUAAUAUGUUUUAUAUUUAUUUUAUUUUUAAGUAUUAUUUUAAGUAGUAUAGGUAGAAGUUGGUGCUUUUUUUUUAAUUAUAAAAGUCGAGUUGGCUUUUUGUUAUGGGGAGGAUGAAAACGUUCUUUUUCUUUCUUUUUCUGUUUUUGUAUUUCACUAAUGAGUGGCUGUUGAGAGCUUUCUGUGGGACAUCACUUGCAUCUUUUUUUUUCCCCCCACUGUUGACCGAGGACUACUUGUAAUAAACUCAUGGCGGGAUGGCCGUGGGCUGCUUGAAAUGCUUUUAUGAGCACACUCUCACGAUAGGCCAAGUGCUCAUGGAUGUAUUAUGGUAAUGCCGUCUCAGUCCUGGGGAGUGUUUUGUUUUUCCUUCCACUGAACAGAUCGAGGAAUUGGCUUAAAUUCCCUAUCGUACAAGGUAUUAGUACAAGAAGGCCAAGAGGGGGAGAAAUGGAUUUACAAAACCUCUUGAGCAACUGCUGGUUAGAUUUUUGGUGGAAUCAAAUGGAAGUCUUGGAGAAAGGAGAAACACGAACUGACAGCAUGCGCAGUUUCUCAGAUUGUACAGCGAUUCUGUCCACAAACCCGCAAUGCGAGCAUCCUAUGUGCAAUGGGCUUCUGAGCUCUUCCCAAAAUGUACAGAAUAGGAUGUGCUGCUGAGGGGUGUGUGGAUGUGGUUGGGGGGAUUGGGGUUGCACCUCUCAAGUCUUUCCUCUUCUUCCUCUCUCUUUUCGACGCUUGUCGACGCACAAAUCAUUUCUGAACGCCAGUCCUUUACUUCUCCAUUUUUUAAUGGUUUCAUUUUCACUUGUUUUUGCUGCUUUUGUUCUAAAAGUUCACUUUCUUUAUAUUUAAACUAAGGGAAAAAAAAAACAAAAAAUAAAAA